AUGGCCGAAGCAAUGAAGGAACAGAUUUUGGCACUCAAAGUGAUGCGCCUUGCCCGUCCCAAAUUCUACGAAAAUAUUUGCAUGCCAAUUGAUCCAGCUGAUACAACCAGCCAACUAAUUGGUUCUGCUAUUUGUCGUUUAACUGGACAGGAAGCUGCUGAUAUGCCUAUUGGAAAAUAUCUUAUGGCACCGCAAAAGUUCGAGAACAUUUAUUUGGGAGAGACCUUUACUUUCUAUGUGUGCGUACAAAAUAUAAGUGAUAAGGUUGUGACGGAUAUAUGUGUCAAGACUGACUUGCAAACCACAAGCCAGCGUAAUGCUCUACCAUCGCAGUUACAAGAAGCGAAUGCUGUGCUUGAACCAGGGAAAUGUUGUGGGGAAGUUAUUACUUAUGAAAUCAAGGAAAUUGGGCAGCACAUAUUAGUAUGUGCCGUGAGCUACAAAGUAUCUAAAAAUGAGAUGUAUUUUCGGAAAUUUUUCAAAUUUCCGGUCAGCAAACCAAUCGACGUCAGAACGAAGUUUUAUAACGCGGAGAACAAUGAUGUUUACUUGGAAGCACAAAUUCAGAAUACUUCUGAACUACCAAUGGUUCUGGAAAAAGUAGUCCUGGAACCGUCCGACUUCUAUAUAAGUUCUGAAAUCUCGCCUCCUGAAACAGAAAAUGAAAACAUGGAGCAGUCUUAUCUUAAUCCAAGUGAUAUUCGACAGUAUCUCUUUUGUCUGAAACCGAAAACAACAGAUUAUUCCCUUAAUUAUUUUAGAAAAGGAACAUCAAUUGGGAAGUUAGAUAUGGUUUGGAGGACUACCAUGGGAGAGAGAGGCCAUUUACAAACGAGUGCUCUGCAAAGAAUGGCCCCAGGAUAUGGUGACUUGCGACUGACAAUUGAAAAAAUACCAGCAACAGUAAAGGUUUUGCAACCAUUUUGUAUGAUGUGCCGACUUCAUAACUGCAGCGAACGAUCACUGGAUUUAGUGCUGACUCUAGACGACAAACUGCAACCGAAUAUUGCGUUUUGUUCAACUAGUGGUGUUGAAUUGGGACAAUUGCCACCAAACAGUACGAUUGACUUUUCCCUAGAGUUAUUACCGCUAACUCCUGGAUUACAAUCAGUUUCUGGUAUUCGAGUCACGGACACAUUCCUAAGGAGAACAUAUGAACAUGACGAUAUUGCCCAAGUGUUUGUAGCAUAA